CACCACACCAUUAUACCUUUCAGAGACAAGUUCAAAAAAUAGGAAACACACUUUCGGGAAGGGAGUUUAAAUUUAGGGCACCAACCUCUGGCUAGUAGCAGCAUUAGAGCCAGAGGGCGAUCCGCCUGAUUCCGACUUUCUAAAUCUGAACCAUAGUUCAUCAUUCUCUAAUUUCUUAAUAUAAUUCAUUUUCCAGUUUUCUGAUUCUCAUCAAAAUAAUGGUUCUCGAUGCGGAUGAGUAUGUAAGGCAAUGGAGGGAAGAUUCUCGUGGCAUCGAUCUAGACGCAAUUAUGCAAAGUUAUUGUGAUGGUUAUGCUGAUUAUGAGGGUGAAAAUUUUUAUAGUGAUGACGAGGACGAGAUGUCUACGAUGCCCGUGGAGAGUGUUAUGAAAGAUGCCAAAAUCUUAGCUGAUGAGAAGAAAAAUUUAGACAUGUCAGGAGCAAGUCUGGAUACACAAUCAAAUAUCUGUCAGAACACUGGUGAUGAAGAAAAAGUUAAAAUGGAUAUCGAAGGUGGCGCUUCAGAGGAUAAUAAGGCAACUGAGGGAAAGAAAAAGGAGAAGCGCAAGUUACAGGAGGAUGGGGUUGAAUCAGAGCAGAAGGACGGUAUCGAAAUUGCCAUUCAAGUGGAGAAGAAAAAGGAUUCCAUAAGCAAAACUGAUGAUUAAACUUUCUUAGUUUCAGCUACUGUUGCUGAGUUUAAUGGUUGAGAUAUUUUUGGUGUGGUACGCGUGGCCCAAGUGAGCAUGGAAUUAGCAAGAAUCGAAGCAAACAUCAGUGGAUUGUCACCUGGAAAAUAUGGAUGGACUAUAAUGAGUCUAGGGAUUUGACUAGAGAAGCCGCAAGUACUGAGAAAGUGUUCAAUCCAAUAAAAGCUACUGGACAGAACCCAGUGGAAAAACUAGCAAGGCUAAUUAAACAUAGGCAAGAUGUACAGAAUGAAUUUCAUGAGGAGAUACAGCAUCCAUAAACUCUGCAUCAGAUUCAAGUGCACUCAUUGAUUCAGGUGGAAGGCAAAC